AUGGGUCUGCUCGAGUGCUGUGCCAGAUGUCUCAUCGGGGCACCCUUUGCUUCACUGGUUGCUACUGGCUUGUGCUUCUUCGGGGUAGCGCUGUUUUGUGGCUGUGGGCACGAGGCCCUCACAGGCACGGAACAGCUCAUUGAGACCUACUUCUCAAAAAACUACCAGGACUACGAGUACCUUAUUGACGUGUAUGGAGGGCACAGGGAGGGGGGUGGGUUGGCAGCCUUGCUUGCCGUGGCUUUGCCCUGGCUCACUCCUGUCACAGCCUCACCCUCUGUUUUGGUCCCCCUGGGGUGGCACGGGGAGGUACAUCCUGACAAGUUUGUGGGCAUUACUUAUGUCCUGACCAUCAUCUGGCUCCUGGUCUUUGCCUGCUCUGCGGUGCCCGUCUACAUCUACUUUAACACUUGGACCACCUGCCAGUCCAUUGCCAACCCCAGCAAGACCUCGGCCAGCAUUGGCACCCUGUGUGCAGAUGCCAGGAUGUACGGUGUGCUGCCCUGGAAUGCUUUCCCAGGAAAGGUGUGUGGCUCCAACUUGCUCUCCGUCUGCAAGACCAGUGAGUUCCAGAUGACUUUCCAUCUCUUCAUUGCGGCCUUUGUGGGGGCGGCUGCCACGCUGGUCUCACUGCUCACGUUCAUCAUCGCCGCCACCUACAACUUUGCUGUCCUCAAGCUGAUGGGCCGAGGCACCAAGUUCUAGCCCACGGUGGAGCCCAGGCAGACCAAAUGCCCUUCUUUUCUCUAACCCCGAGGCUUUAACACUGCAGCCACUUGACACCAGUUCUCCUGCAUUAACUCUGCCUUCGUUGCUGACUCCCCUCUUCUUCCUGCCUCGCAUCCAUCGUGCUGAGCAUGACCAGGAAGGAGAGCUUCCCACCAAUGGACACCUCUUCAUGCACUUUUCUCUCUCUGCUCAUCCAUAACCAGUUUGAUCUAGGGCCAAGCCCAUCAAAACCAACCAGAGAAAAGGAGGGACUUACUCCAGUGUCCCAAUGUUGCCUAGGGAUGAGCAAAGGCCUUCAUGCUCUUGGGAGGAGGAAAUCCAUAUAGGUUGCUCCGUGAGUAGCAAGAGGCUACCUAGAGAGAAAAGGAAGUUGACCCAGUCCUGGUACCAUUGCUAGAGACUCUCCUGGAGCUG